UAGACUUAUUAUAAAUAUUAGUGUUCGGGGACUUUUAUGGCAUCUUCAGCAUAUACAGGAAAAUCGAGACCCCGUGAGGAGAAUGCGGGUGAACAAAAAUGUAUUUAAUAUAUUUUAAUUAACGUUACAGUUUUAAAUAUUGACUGACAGACAUUGAGUCAAGCGACGUAAGCAGACUCACUUUCAAAGAAAAACAAUAAAUCCUGUUAUGCAGGUUUGUUGCAAAUCGAUAUUCAGUCUCGAUUUGAGCAAUGCAGAGUUCACCUAACGUUACCCGACCACCACUGUGUCUCUUAUCGAUCACUGAUUCUCUUAUUAUUGAUCACGGGUCGAUCGUUUGGUAAGUUAGUGAGAGCGAUUGGUUUCGGUUUCUCGGUCGGGUAUCUCAUUCAUCAUGCUUCAGCUAGGAGAUGGACUCACGCUAUUCUCGGCGGUCUUCGUCGUGGUUCUGCUGGGAACCAGAAGCGCCGUUUGGUCCACGGUACUUACGGCCUCCCUCUACCUCUUCCUGGUGAUGUUCCGUUUCCCUCCGGUCCCGUCCAGCCGGGCCAGACAGGUGCUGCGCCCCGGGUCUACAGCCACUACGGGCGGCGUCUCAGUGGUUGCGCACCGCGGUGGAGGACACGAUGCCCCCGAGAACACCAUAGCUGCUAUUCGGGCGGCCAGUAAGAACGGAGCCACAGGUGUGGAGCUUGAUCUGGAGUUCACUGCUGAUGGUGUUCCUAUACUGAUGCACGACGAUACCGUGGAGCGGACCACAAACGGAUCGGGUCCACUCAGCAAACUGCUCUUCUCUGAAGUGCGCAAAUUAGAUGCUGCAGCCAAACAUAGAUUCAGUGACCGCUUUCGGGGUGAGAAGAUUCCUACGCUGCAGGAGGCUGUGCAAGAAUGCAUCAAACACAAGCUGACCAUCUACUUUGACGUUAAAAGUCACCCGGAUGAGGCCGCCGAAGCCCUGAAAAAGCUGUUUCAGAAAUAUCCGGUGCUCUACAACACCAGUAUCGUGUGCUCGUUUGAGCCCAAAGUCAUUUAUAGGAUGAGGCAGGCGGAUGCUGAUGUUGUGACAGCAUUAACCCAUCGACCGUGGAGCCUGAGUCGAUUAGGCGAUUGGACGCCACGGUACUCGUCCGUAUGGAAGCAUCACUGGAUGCAGGUUCUGGAUGUGAUCCUCGACUGGGCUCAUCAUCACCUGCUGUGGAAUUUGUGUGGGGUCUCUGCAUUCCUAAUGCAGAAAAACUUCAUAUCCCAAGACUAUGUGCAGUACUGGGCUGACCGAGGAGUAGAGGUGGUGGCCUGGACGUUAAACACGGCUGUGGAGAAGCAGUAUUACCAGCAACUACUAAACAUUAACUACAUCACCGACAGUCUCGUAGAGGACUGUGAACCUCAUUAUUGAAAUAUACUCUCGUUGAUGUCCAACAAUCGUGGUAUCAGCAUCUCUUUUAACUUUUUUUAAAUGGAAUUAGUCAUGAGCAACUUCAUCCUGUAAUUUAGCACUAAUAAGAAACCAUUCAGUGAACUGUAGUAAAAGCAAUUUUUAAUGAGAAUAUUUCCAGAUAUUGUAAAUGUUUUUUAAAAAUGAGUUGUCUUUAUACACUGUAGAGAAUUUUUAUCAUCCAAGUAUCUGAUGUCUGUUUUGCUGCAUUAGAUGGCAUGCUGGAAAGUUAAAGGGUGCUUUGAUUUUGUGCAAUUUACAAUAGGGGAGAUGUAAAUAUCAAUAUUGCAUUCAAACGUACUGUACACACCCACUCAGGGGAGUGAAUUUAUGAAUAUGUGCGAUCACUUACAUAUAGU